GUUGAAGGGGGAGGGGUCGGAACGGGGGGCGGUAGGUGAUCGCGCUCCCCUCGGCUCGGGGCUUUGAACACAGCGGCGGAUCGCCUAUCCCACACAGCCUUUUGUCUCCUCUGGGACAGAGCCUGUGGAAUAAAGACACUUACGGAGACUUUCGAGAUGUCCUCCUCCUCCGGCACAGCAUAUGAAGGGCACGGGCAGAUCUGGAGAUGUCGGCGGACUCAUUUGGAGCGGGCGGCAGCGAUGCCCAGCAGAGCCUACAGACCUUUUGGCCCAGAGUGAUGGAAGAGAUCAGGAAUCUUACUGUGAAGGAUUUCCGUGUGCAAGAGCUUCCUCUUGCUCGCAUCAAGAAAAUUAUGAAACUGGAUGAGGAUGUGAAGAUGAUCAGUGCUGAGGCACCGGUGCUGUUUGCCAAAGCAGCACAGAUCUUCAUCACAGAGCUCACUCUCAGAGCCUGGAUCCACACUGAGGACAACAAACGGCGCACACUACAGAGGAAUGACAUUGCCAUGGCCAUCACUAAGUUUGACCAGUUUGACUUCCUCAUUGAUAUCGUCCCCCGGGAUGAUCUCAAGCCUCCAAAACGACAGGAGGAAGUGCGUCAGUCUGUCGCCCCGACUGAGCCGGUCCAAUAUUACUUCACCCUGGCGCAGCAGCCCAGCGCUGUGCAGGUCCAAGGUCAGCAGCAAGGCCAGCAGGUGGCCGCUCCCACCGCCACCACACUACAGCCCGGACAGAUUAUCAUCGCUCAACCCCAGCAGGGCCAGGUAUUGCAGGGAACCACCAUGCAGCAGCUGCAGCAGGUGCAGGUUGCUCAAUCACAGGCGACACCUAUCACGAGUGCUCCUGUGACCAUGCAGGUGGGCGAGGGCCAGCAGGUGCAGAUCGUGCAGGCGGCUGCACAGGGACAGGCUCAGGCGCAGGCGGCACAGCCGGCCGGACAGACUAUGCAGGUCAUGCAGCAGAUCAUCACCAACACAGGAGAGAUCCAGCAGAUUCCAGUGCAGCUCAACACCGGUCAGCUGCAGUAUAUUCGCUUGGCUCAGCCCGUCUCAGGAACACAGGUUGUUCAAGGACAAAUACAGACGCUUGCAACAAACACUCAGCAGAUUUCACAGACGGAAGUACAACAGGGUCAGCAACAGUUCAACCAGUUUACUGAUGGGCAGCAGCUGUAUCAGAUCCAGCAGGUGACGAUGCCGGCGGGACAGGAGUUGACCCAGCCCAUGUUCAUUCAGUCCACCGGCCAGACAGCCGACGGCCAGGUCACCACGCAGGUCAGCGCAGACUGAGGCCCUUCGUCCCGACACCCCCGACCACCACCGAGCCACCACACACCAACAUCCUUCCACUUUCCCUUCAUCUCACGCCAUAUUCUGAUCAAGUUCUCCGUUUAAUUCAGCAAUGGAAUAAUAAACUUUAGAUUUGAGCUUCAUAAUUUACCGUCCAAAUGACAUGUUUUGCUGUUUUGUUAAAGUGUGGGUCUCUUUAAUACAGUACUGAGCAAUGGAAGGAUCAGUGUGUAGUGGCAGAGAUUUGCUUCCUGCCAUAUUAAUUUCAACUAUAUGUCUUCUGCAAUAUGGCAAAAGUAUGAACCCACUGUCUUCCUUUCAGUAUCGGUAGAAUAUGUCCUUGUUUCAUAGUUCAAUGUGGAUGUGGGUAGAGAUUAUGCUUUCAGGUGUGUUCAGUGAUUGUGACAUUAGAGUGAAGCUCGUGAAACUGCAGCUGGAGGGCGCUUCUCAGCUGUGGGGCAUGUACAGUGGUCUUUUGUGAAAAAUAUCAACCUUUUUUGUUUGUUUGUUUUUUAAGCCCUCAUUCAUUUUGACAGAUCAUGCCAUCUCAUGAUGUGUAGAGUUUGAAACUUGAUGAUAAAAAGCCAUAAUCUACACAUUCUGUAUCUCUGUAGUUUAACUCUAGUAAAUGUUAUUAGUUCAGUUGUAGUAUCUUGUAUAGUUUUGAAAUUUGAUAACAUUGUAUUUGUUAAAGGGCUUCUUAUUGUUGGGUUUUCUACAUGCGAAUGGUCCUCCUCGUGUGAAUGUGUGUGAAUGUGUGCAGGUAAUUGAUGUGCUUUCCUUGCGUGUCUUUCUGGACCAGAUUUAAAGACUUCUUCUGCCCCUUGCAAUUGAACUUCACUGUUACCUACUUGUAAAAACAGCUUAAUUAAAUAAAAACCCUUUUAUAUAAA